GUGACAGGCUCGUCUCUGUCGCUCGGCCGUCCGCAGUCAAGCUGUCUUCAAGCAGAAUCCCAGCGCUGCCUCUCAUCGCCGCCGCCCGCUCGCCGCGUCCCCCGCUGCUCCUUCACCACCACCAGCCAGCACCAGCAGCAACAGCAGCAGCAACAGCUUCACCAGCUUCACCAGCUUCACCUUCGAUAGUAACGUCCCUGCCGGCUUCUACGCUGAGUGCGCCUCGCUCGCAGGCGCCCUUCGACUCCUCGGCCGCCCCGUCGCGCCCAGACGGCUGGUCGGACGCUGCGAUGGCCUCUACCCAGGCAGCAUCCACGGCCUCGCCCGCAGCAGAACAGCCGGCGCAGGCAAAGCAGCCGUCGAGCUUCUUCCCGCUAGGCUACAAGGAGGGAUUCAGUCAAUGGUGGACUUGCAUGCCCGCAGCCACCGCUGAGCACAGCGUCCUCUCCUUCAUCCCUUACCUGCAGCAGGUGCCAACGCACAAGCAGACCGGCAAGGAGCCGUCAGUCCCCGAUGGCCAGGCUGACAGUCUGACGGCUGCGGACACCUCCCAGGAGGCCCAGGUGUCUGCCCACUCGAUUGACGACCCGUACGGCCCCCGCAGAUGGCGGUCGAGCAUGGUGCAGCUCAGCGGCGACAAUCGGGCCCUGAACGAGUUCUCCGUCGAGCGCGUGGGUGAGAAGGUCGAGAACAACCUCGUCGUCCUGCACGGGUACGGAGCCGGGCUCGGUUUCUUCUACAAGAACUUCGAGAGCCUCAGUCGUGCCAAAGGAUGGCAGCUCUACGCCCUCGACCUGCUCGGCAUGGGACGCAGCACCCGCCCGCCCUUCAAGAUCCAUGCCAAAGAGCGAGACCAGGCCGUCGCCGAGGCCGAAGACUGGUUCAUCGACGCCCUGGAGGAAUGGCGUGUCAAGCGAAAGAUUGAACGCUUCACCUUGAUGGGUCACAGCCUGGGAGGAUACAUGGCUGUUGCCUACGCCCUCAAGUACCCCGGCCGUCUCAACAAGCUCAUCCUCGCCUCCCCCGUGGGCAUACCAAAGGAUCCCCGAGCAGUCGACACAGAGCUUACCGAGCCGUCCGAGUCGACUUUGUCCGCCGAGUUCACAGAGAGCCAGGACGCAACCACCGGCAACGCCAAUAAUAAUAAUAACAGUGGCCUCGCAGGCAGGACUCCUCCCCUCCUGCGGCCUCUGCCCAAAUGGCUGACCUAUCUCUGGGACUCAAACGUCUCCCCUUUCUCCUUUGUUCGCUGGUCUGGCCCCCUUGGCCCUCGCCUUGUAUCCGGCUGGACGUCUCGACGCUUCUCCCAUCUGCCUCAGCCGGAAUCAAAGGCCCUGCAUGACUAUGCAUACUCCAUCUUCAGAAUGCGUGGCAGUGGCGAGUAUGCCCUCGCAUACAUCCUCGCUCCCGGUGCAUACGCCCGCAAACCCCUCAUCAAUCGAAUCCACGGCGUGGGCCGCCAACUCAUCAGAGAACCCGUCCCUUCAUCCGCAUCCCAGACCAGUCUCUCCUCUGCAGAUUCGUCCGCCAGCCCACAGCCAUCGUCGUCCACGACCUCGGCCACUGCUGCUUCGACACCGAACCUGGGUACGCAGCCUGUCCCGCGCAAGGAGAACGGUAUCCCCGUGGUCCUGAUGUAUGGUGACCACGAUUGGAUGGACGUCGAGGGUGGCCACGCAGCGAAGAAGAAGAUCGACGAGGAGAGAGAGAGGAUUCUCAAAGAUGCCACGCCCGAAGAAAGGCUUGCAGACCGUGGUUCGGCCAAGGUUGUCGUUAUCAAAAAGGCCGGCCACCAUAUCUAUCUAGACGGGUGGGAGGAGUUCAAUAAGGUGAUCCUGGAUGAAAUGGAGGGCAUCUCUAAUGAAGGAUGA